UAUACUUUUCUCCCACAUUGCUUCCCACUCCGUUAGCGAUCUAUUGAUUUGAUAUUGUCCUUGUCAUUACAUUGCGGGCGCCAAUUUCUCACCAUGCCCCCCCCGCAACGGGCGAGCUCGGGUUUGCCCACCAGACGAACUGCGACACGCCAGCCCACACGCCAGCCCACACGCCAGCCGACGCGGCGGUUGACCGGCGCUUUGUCAGAACGAUCGGACUCUCCAGCCACAGCUUUAAAAACACCCAAUACGGGGUCGCGUACCCUCAGGACCCCGGCGGAACCGGCGAGUGUGGCUGCGAAGAGGAAAGAGCGUGAUUACGAGCGUGGGGUGAACGAAGAUACCAGCAUACAUGUCGUCGUGCGAUGCAGAGGACGCAAUGACCGGGAAGUUAAAGAGAACAGUGGGGUGGUGGUGUCGACAGAAGGAGUGCAGGGGAAAUCCGUCGACCUGUCAAUGGGCCCAAAUGCGGUGUCGAACAAGACCUACACGUUUGACAAGGUUUUCUCCGCAGCUGCCGAUCAGCUUAUCGUGUACGAAGAUGUUGCGUUGCCGAUAGUGAACGAGAUGCUUGCCGGCUACAACUGUACGAUUUUCGCAUACGGACAAACGGGGACGGGAAAGACCUACACGAUGUCGGGGGAUAUGACCGAUACGCUAGGGAUACUGUCUGACAACGCGGGUAUCAUCCCUCGGGUGCUCUACUCCUUAUUCCACAAGCUCCAGGAAACCGCCGAGAGCACAGUGAAAUGCUCGUUCAUCGAGUUGUACAACGAAGAGCUGCGCGACCUGCUGUCUGUGGAGGAUAACCAGAAAUUGAAGAUUUUCGACAACGAGGGCAAGAAGGGUGGUCACACCACAAUGGUGCAAGGGAUGGAGGAAACAUACAUCGAGUCAGCCACGGCCGGUAUCAAACUGCUCCAGACCGGAAGUCAUAAACGACAGGUUGCCGCGACCAAAUGCAAUGAUCUCAGUUCCCGCAGUCACACGGUGUUUACGAUUACCGUACAUACCAAGCGAACGACCGAAUCCGGCGAGGAAUACAUUAGUUCAGGAAAGCUGAAUUUGGUGGACUUGGCUGGGAGUGAGAAUAUUCAGCGCAGUGGUGCAGAGAACAAGCGUGCGACAGAGGCGGGUUUGAUCAACAAGAGCUUGCUCACGCUUGGCCGAGUGAUCAAUGCGUUGGUCGACAAGAGCCCGCAUAUUCCCUACAGAGAAUCGAAAUUGACGCGCCUGUUGCAAGAUUCUUUGGGCGGUCGCACCAAAACCUGCAUCAUUGCGACGGUCUCGCCUUCUCGGAGCAACUUGGAGGAGACGAUAUCAACGCUCGACUACGCCUUCCGCGCCAAGAAUAUCCGCAACAAACCACAGAUCAACUCGAUGUCCAAGAAGACGCUUCUUCGGGAAUUUACAUUCGAGAUCGAGAAGCUCAAGGCCGAGCUCAUUGCAACGAGACAUCGAAACGGGGUCUACAUGGCUGUUGAUGCGUACGAAGAGCUGACCAUGGAGAACGAGUCGCGACGGAUUGUCAAUGAAGAGCAGCGGGCCAAGAUCGAGUCGAUGGAAACGAGCUUGCGCAACAAGGUGCAAGAGCUAUUCACCCUGACCAGCAACUUCAAUGGUCUCAAGCAGGAUCACGAGGACACCCGCGCUGCGUUGAAUAGCACCAACGAUGUCCUAGAGAAGACUGAGAUUGUACUGAGCGAUACCAAGGCACAGCUGGAGGAAGAGGAGGCGCUGCGCAAAGCACACCAGGCCACUGAAAACCAGUUGCACAGCAUUGGAAAGGGACUGCUGACGACGUUGGGCAGCACCGUCGAGGAUGUUGAUGGCUUACAUGCCAAGAUCCAGCGGAAAGCCGAUCUAGAAGCCACCAACAGGGAAGCCUGGAGGAUUUCUGCCAACCAGGUGGCUGGUGUCACCAAACAAGUUGAUACGAAUUUAGAUGCCUUCCAGUCUCUUCAUUCGAGACUUGUCACGGAGAUGGGCGACAAGAUCAAGGGCUAUGUGACAAGCGAGCUCAGCAACAUCCAGUCCAGCCAGCGUGAAUUGUCGAAUUUCGACGCUUGCUUCGACAAGGCAGAGAAGGAGGCCAAAUCGCAAACCUCCGCGGCUCACGAGGAAAUGAAUAAUGUUCUGGAAGAGAUCAAGGAUCUGCGCGAGGAGGUGAAGCAACGAGUUGGGGAAGGCCUCAAUGGCUUGUCUGCAGCUGCCGAGCGCAUCUCCAAGGAGGUCAUUGGAGAGUUCACCGAGUUCCACGCCCAGCUCCACGAAUCAUAUAGCGGACUUGGCAAGGAAUUCAAAUUCCUGUUCGAGGGCAUGGUCGACCAUCUCAAUGGGCAAAAGGCUGAGAUCCAUCAACUCCGCCUGGAGCUCCAGGCGGCCAACCGGAGAACCGUCGAAGCAAACCGCAAAACAUCUUCGCAGCUUUCACAAACCCUGGACGAGGAAGAGGCGAACGCACAGGCCGAGCGCGAUCAGCUACUGUCUCAAAUCAAGACCCUCAUGGACGAGUCUAAGAAGCGACAGGUCUCGCGGCUGAAGGGCAGAGUUGAAACUAUGCGAACCGACAUCACCGCGUCUGGGGAGUCGCUCGAGCAUGCGACAACCCACCAUGACCGCCAAGUGGACGAAUGGGUGUUCCGAUCGGAACAGUUCGCCAAAGACGUCACCGCGUCCAAGGAAGACAUCAAGACGAAAAUGCAGAACGACUGGGAGCUGUUCGACCAGCGGAACGCGUCUAUCCAAAAGACGACGGAAUCGGUCCACCAAGAGACCGUCCGCAUCGUGGACGCCCAGAUGGAAGACAUGAGCAAACAGAUGGGCGCUCUAGACGACUUCGUCGCCAAGGCGCGGUCUCAGAACGGCCGCUACUGCGACGCUCACAUGUCCAGCCUCGACGGAAUGGUGUCCAACGUCCACGAAUCAUACUCGUCUGUCCGCGGACAAUUCUCUGGAUUCGGCGACCGCAUCAGCCAACUCGAGCACGACGCGACCGAGCACCAAAACAACCUACUCCAAUCGACCCAACCCUUGUCCGGCGAUGUCCGCAAGCCCCUCGCCGAGCUCCGGACUCACAUCCAGGAACGCCCACUAAAGGAAUACAUCGUCACGGGCACGACCCCACAAAAGCGACGAUACGAAUACCCCUCCGACCUACCACGCACCGAAACCCACGACUCCCUCCGCUGCAGCAUCAAAACCUCGCGCGAUCUCACCGCGCUCCCCUUCAGCGGCGAAGACCAGCUCUCCACCCUCAGCAGCUCCCCCGCCACCUCCCCCUCUAAAGGGUUCGUCUACAGCGACGAGGUCGAUGCCCAGCCAGCGGCCCAUUCAUCCGCAGCGAACCCCACAGGCGGCCUCAGGGAAGUCGACGCAAAUGUCGCGCGGCCACUCGCGCCUAGCCCGGACACCACCCCGAUCGGGAAGGACCUCGGAACCCUAAACCACCAAUUGGCCCACACCCCCGACGACGAAGACUCCGACCAGCCCCCGGCGAAGAAACGCCGCUCGAACCCGUCCCCGUCGGACACUAAGCUACCUCAGAAGAUGAUGGCGUCUAAAAAAGUCCCUGGGACAAUGAUGGAAGGGAGCGAGAAUGUUCCUCCUGCUGCUGCUACUACUGCUGCCGGUGGUCGUCGACUGAGAGGGCGUCCUUCGCCUUAGCUGGAUUGUCGCAUUGGAUUGAAGUUAAAUUUUGUUUUGCUCGUUGGAUUAUAUACCACUUGUUUUUGUAGUUGUUUUUUUUGAUUGAUUGUUGAUUUUUGAUUGUUGCAUGAGUGGCGUUAAGGAAGAUCGAGUUUGGCACUGUUAUUAUUUUUUUAUUAUUGAUUGAUUGAUUGAUUGAUUGAUUGAUUGAUUGAUUGCACCUAUAUUAUUAUUAUUAUUUUUAUUAUUUUCUCGGUGGUCAGGGUCAGGU